GAAUCAUUCUUUGUGUUUUUCUGAUCACUCUUCAGUUUUAUGCAGCAUGUCUGUCCCUCUGUUCAGCUCAUAUUUCAAAUGAGGAAGUUCAACCUUUUUCUUUUUGACGGUUUCCAGUUGACUUUCACUUUGUCUGCUGAUCGUGGCGCAGCGUCUUUCCUCCAUCUAAAGGAGACACUUUGGCGCCAUCUAGUGGACUGACAGCAUAUUCAAUCUUGGAUGUGAAUGGAGCAGCAUGAAUCAGAGUGAGGACAGAGAGGAGGGAGUCCCUCCCUCUAAAACCACUCUGUGUGGGGAACAUGAGAGCCAGACCAAAGCUCAGAGCCCAGAGCAGCAGCACUCACCACACUCUGCUGGACCUGGACCUGGACCUGGACCCAGCUGUGUGUCCAUGAAGAGCAACAAGUCAAUGGAUCGUCCUGUUAAAUUCAGACAAUCUGUUGAUGGAAGUUUCAGGAUCCAGCAGCAGAGACCAGACUCUCCUGAACCCAGCUGUCUGUCUUUAAAGAGCGACCGGUCAAAGGGCUUGGACAUUGACUUUAAAGGGCGACGUCCAUCAGCUGAUCAGAUAGUGGACCAGGAGAGCUCAGAGGUUCCCAGUGGUCAGUCUGCCCAGCAGCAUCAAACACACCUGGACUCCAUAUUUAUGCUGCUGGAGGAGAACAUCGUCACUUUUGUGAAGAAGGAGCUGAAGAAGAUCCAGAAGGUUCUGAGUCCAGAUUACCCAGAAUGCUUAGAGAGUCAGAGGGAGGAUGAGGAGGUGUUGGACGGUGAGGAUGAAGAGCAGAGGAGGAGCAGCAGAGAGGAGUUUCUGAAGAUCACACUGAACUUCCUGAGGAGAAUGAAGCAGGAGGAGCUGGCUGACUGUCUGCAGAGCAGACACGUUGCUGCAGUUUGUCGACGUAAACUUAAAUCUAACCUGAAGAAGAAGUUCCAGUGUUUGUUUGAAGGGAUCUCUAAAGCAGGAAACCCAACCCUUCUGAAUCAGAUCUACACAGAGCUCUACAUCACAGAGGGAGGGACUGGAGAGGUCAAUGAUGAACAUGAGGUCAGACAGAUUGAAACAGCAUCCAGGAAACCAGACAGACCAGAAACAACCAUCAGACAAGAAGACCUCUUUAAAGCCUCACCUGGAAGAGAUGAACCAAUCAGAACAGUGAUGACAAAGGGAGUGGCUGGCAUUGGGAAAACAGUCUUAACACAGAAGUUCACUCUGGACUGGGCUGAAGACAAAGCCAACCAGGACAUACACUUCACAUUUCCAUUCACUUUCAGAGAGCUGAAUGUGCUGAAAGAGAAAAAGUUGAGCUUGGUGGAACUUGUUCAUCACUUCUUUACUGAAACCAAAGAAGCAGGAAUCUGCAGGUUUGAAGAGUUCCAGGUUGUGUUCAUCUUUGACGGUCUGGAUGAGUGUCGACUUCCUCUGGACUUCCACAACACUGAGAUCCUGACUGAUGUUACAGAGUCCACCUCAGUGGACGUGCUGCUGACAAACCUCAUCAGGGGGAAACUGCUUCCCUCUGCUCGCCUCUGGAUAACCACACGACCUGCAGCAGCCAAUCAGAUCCCUCCUGAGUGUGUUGACAUGGUGACAGAGGUCAGAGGGUUCACCGACCCACAGAAGGAGGAGUACUUCAGGAAGAGGUUCAGAGAUGAGGAGCAGGCCAGCAGGAUCAUCUCCCACAUCAAGACCUCACGAAGCCUCCACAUCAUGUGCCACAUCCCAGUCUUCUGCUGGAUCACUGCUACAGUUCUGGAGGAUGUGUUGAAAACCAGAGAGGGAGGAGAGCUGCCCAAGACCCUGACUGAGAUGUACAUCCACUUCCUGGUGGUUCAGACCAAACUGAAGACCAUCAAGUAUGAUGGAGGAGCUGGGACAGAUCCACACUGGAGUCCAGAGACCAGGAAGAUGAUUGAGUCUCUGGGAAAACUGGCUUUUGAUCAGCUGCAGAAAGGAAACCUGAUCUUCUAUGAAUCAGACCUGACAGAGUGUGGCAUCGAUAUCAGAGCAGCCUCAGUGUACUCAGGAGUGUUCACACAGAUCUUUAAAGAGGAGAGAGGACUGUACCAGGACAAGGUGUUCUGCUUCGUCCAUCUGAGUGUUCAGGAGUUUCUGGCUGCUCUUCAUGUCCAUCUGACCUUCAUCAAGUCUGGAGUCAAUCUGCUGUCAGAAGAACAAACAACCUCCCAGAAGUCUGAACUGAUUAGAGAUAAACCUGAACCAACACAGUUCUACCAGAGUGCUGUGGACAAGGCCUUACAGAGUCCAAAUGGACACCUGGACUUGUUCCUCCGCUUCCUCCUGGGUCUUUCACUGCAGACCAAUCAGACUCUCCUACGAGGUCUGCUGACACUGACAGGAAGUAGCUCAGAGACCAAUCAGGAAACAGUCCAGUACAUCAAGAAGAAGAUUGAAGAGACUCCCUCUGCAGAGAAAAGCAUCAACCUGUUCCACUGUCUGAAUGAACUGAAUGAUCGUUCUCUAGUGGAGGAGAUCCAACAGUCCCUGAGUUCAGGACGUCUCUCCACAGAUAAACUGUCUCCUGCUCAAUGGUCAGCUCUGGUCUUCAUCUUACUGUCAUCAGAGAAAGAUCUGGAUGUGUUUGACCUGAAGAAAUACUCUGCUUCAGAGGAGGCUCUUCUGAGGCUGCUGCCAGUGGUCAAAGCCUCUAACAAAGCUCUACUGAGUGACUGUAACCUCUCAGAGAGAAGCUGUGAAGCUCUGUCCUCAGUUCUCAGCUCCCAGUCCUCUAGUCUGAGAGAUCUGGACCUGAGUAACAACAACCUGCAGGAUUCAGGAGUGAAGAUGUUGUCUGUUGGACUGGAGAGUCCACACUGUUCACUGGAGACUCUCAGACUGAGUGACUGUAACCUCUCAGAGAGAAGCUGUGAAGCUCUGUCCUCAGUUCUCAGCUCCCAGUCCUCUAGUCUGAGAGAUCUGGACCUGAGUCACAAUGACCUGCAGGAUUCAGGAGUGAAGAUGUUGUCUGUUGGACUGGAGAGUCCACACUGUUCACUGGAGACUCUCAGACUGAGUGGCUGUAACCUCUCAGAGAGAAGCUGUGAAGCUCUGUCCUCAGUUCUCAGCUCCCAGUCCUCUAGUCUGAGAGAUCUGGACCUGAGUCACAAUGACCUGCAGGAUUCAGGAGUGAAGAUGUUGUCUGUUGGACUGGAGAGUCCACACUGUUCACUGGAGACUCUCAGACUGAGUGGCUGUAACCUCUCAGAGAGAAGCUGUGAAGCUCUGUCCUCAGUUCUCAGCUCCCAGUCCUCUAGUCUGAGAGAUCUGGACCUGAGCUACAAUCACCUGAGAGAGUCAGGAGUGAAGAUGUUGUCUGUUGGACUGGAGAGUCCACACUGUUCACUGGAGACUCUCAGGUUGAAUCAAACCAGUCUGACAGAGAAAAGCUGUCAGGAGAUAUCAUCAGUUCUCAGCUCCCAGUCCUCUAGUCUGAGAGAUCUGGACCUGAGUAACAACAACCUGCAGGAUUCAGGAGUAAAGAUGUUGUCUGUUGGACUGGAGAGUCCACACUGUUCACUGGAGACUCUCAGCCUGUUAGGCUGUCUGAUCUCAGAGGAAGGCUGUUCUUCUCUGGCCUCAGCUCUGAGAUCCAACCCCUCCCAUCUGAGAGAGCUUGACCUGAGCUACAAUCAUCCAGGAGACUCAGGAGUGAAGCUGCUGUCUGCUGGAGUGAGGAGUCGACACUGUUCACUGGAGACUCUCAGCCUGUCAGGCUGUCUGAUCACAGAGGAAGGCUGUUCUUCUCUGGCCUCAGCACUGAACUCCAACCCCUCCCAUCUGAGAGAGCUGGACCUGAGCUACAAUCAUCCAGGAGACUCAGGAGUGAAGCUGCUGUCUGCUGGACUGGAGGAUCCAGACUGGAGACUGGACACUCUCAGGGUGGAGCCUGGUGGAGUCCAGUGUUUGACACCAGGUCUAUGGAGGUAUUCCUGUCAACUCACAAUCGACACAAACACAGUGAACAGAGAACUCAAACUGUCUGACAACAACAGGAAGGUGACAUGUGUGGAGGAGGAUCAGUCAUAUCCUGAUCAUCCAGACAGAUUUGAUCAGUGUUCUCAGCUGCUGUGUAGAACUGGUCUGACUGGUCGCUGUUACUGGGAGGUCGAGUGGAGAGGAGAAGUUCAUAUCUCAGUGAGUUACAGAGGAAUCAGAAGGAAAGGAGGCAGUGACUGUUGGUUUGGAUGGAACGAUCAGUCCUGGAGUCUGGACUGUUCUGAUGAUGGUCGUUACUCUGUCUGGCACAAUAAGACAAAAACACCUAUCUCCUCCUCCUCCUCUCGUCCUCUCCUCCCCUCCUUCUUUCGUUUCCUCUCUUCCUCCUCCUCCUCCUCCUCCUCCUCCUCUGUCUCUAACAGAGUAGCAGUGUAUGUGGACUGUCCUGCUGGCUCUCUGUCCUUCUACAGAGUCUCCUCUGACUCUCUGAUCCACCUCCACACCUUCAACACCACAUUCACUGAACCUCUGUAUCCUGGGUUUGGGUUCUGGUCCUGGUCCUCUGGUUCCUCAGUGUCUCUGUGUUGAGUGUAGCAGAGAGAGUCUCCUCCUGUUAGAGAUCAGUCCAGUCCAGGAUCACAGCAGCUGUUUGGUCAUGAACCACUUCCUCUGUAUAGUGACGGUUCGAUGCUUCUUUCAGCAACAAUAACUCAUGUAACUCAUGACUCACAAGAUGGCCGACUGGAUCAAAGACUCACAUGUGACGUCAACAACUCUUGAGAUGUUAACAACCCCAGUUUGAACCCCUGGUCUCCCCACCAGUCAGUUAGAACUGAAGAAUCUUUCAGAUGAGAGGUGGAACGUCUUCAAGAACCUCGAGAACAUCCAGUCAUAUAGAACUGAGAACGUGACACUUACUAUUCAUGAAAUGAAAGAUGAUGAGAUUGACAGGUGCAGCAUCAGAAGUAAUGUGGAUGCUGUAGCUGAGCCUGAAGGCAAAGCUCUCAAUGUAUAAUCUAUGUUCCAACCCUCACCUGUGGUCAUGAGCUUUAGGUAGUGACCAAAAGAAUUAGAUCGCAGAGACAAGUGGAAAUAAGUUUCCUCCACAGACCCAGAACUCACUGGAGAGAUUAAAUCCCAUCUGACCUGGGACCUCAGGAUCCCUCAGGAGGAGCUGGAAAAUGUUGCUGGGGAGAGGGAAGUCUGGAAUAGUUUGUUUAGCCUGCUGCCACUGUGACCUGACCCCAGAUAAGAUGGACGGAUGGGUUUAGGCAAAACCUAAGAAAUUAUCUUCAUUUUUCGUUUGUUGUCGUGAAAUUCUGAGUUUUCUCAUUGAAAAUGUUUCCAGUGUUUGUUUAAAGAACACACACACCACAGAAGUCAGUGAAACUCAUCCUGCAGAAACUUUAUAACAUCAGAUUUUCAUCAUGAAAUAUAAACACACACAGACAUCUUUGUUUUAAUGCUACAUCUUCCCUCUCAUCGUCCCCUUUCAAAAUAAAACAGUUAUUAUCUCUGUUCUGCAAAAACUCUAAAGACACAGAAAAAAGAGAUUUACACCUGAAAUCAGAGCCAGAAGAGGAGGAACAGUUUGUGCUUUCAGUGCAGUAAAGACAGAGUUCAGUUAGUAUUCAGUCAGUGCCCUGGUUCAGUCUGUUCACGUGUAUAUAUACUGUAUAUAUGUAGAACAUCCACAGAGGAAGAUCCACACAGCUUUGUGUUAUUUUACUGCUUCAUGUCCUGUUCAGCAGUUUCUGUGGGUUUCUGCAUCAAACCACCGUUAAAGCAGAACUCUGGUGUUUGGCUGAUCUGGGAGGAUUUUAACGGAUCAGGAUCAGUCAGUGACUCGUCUGUUGUGGGUUUGAGUGUCUGAGGAUCACUUCACGUCGAAUCCGUUCUCCAGUUCAACUUUAAUUCAUCUCAGAUCGAUCAUUUCAUUCCAACAUGUCAGAUACAGAUUUAAUGAUCAGGUCGAUAUAAGUCUCUGAUCAGACUCUGUAUCAGCAGAUAAUCAAUACUGAAAGACUCAGAUCACCUUUUUAUCCUCAGAGAGUGUUUGUGUGUUUUCAGAUUACAGUCCUCCUCCUCCUCCUCCUCCUCCUGGAGGCUGAUGUCUGUCUGAACCUCCUUCUUGUUCUUCUUUUGAAACUGCAGAGAAAAUAAAGAGAUUAAAAACUCAAUCAAAGCUCAAACUCCAACAAA